CACAUCAUUCUGACAAUUUAUCAAAACAAAUAAAGAACAUGUGUUUUAGUUAGUUUAUCAAUUUUUCUUAGUUUCCCAAUUGAAAAUAUAUGAAAUCUCAACAAUUAAUGUAACUCGGCGAUGGACGCACCUAAAGUUGUUUCUUUUUGGCAGGCGAUUAAUAUACUAGUAAAUAAACCUCAUGUUGUUAAUAAAAGAUUAUGGGGUUGUAAUUUGCUUUCUAAAUAUACAUGCCAAGGUGCAGAUGGGGAAUAUAAAUAUGAAAUUGAAUCAAACGAUUUGUAUUUAAGUAAUACAAACGAAGCACUUGGUUUUAUGGAAGAAUUAUUUCUAAGAACUAAACUCAAACCACUGAAUGAAAACAAUAUUGUAGAAGGGGAGAAUAGAUGUGUAGAAAUAAUCUUAUUGGAAUUAUUGCCAAAAAAUUACACAGACAGCCAUGGUUUCCAAUUAGUUUGUUUGAAAAAGGAUGAACUGAUUGCAACAUUUUAUGAUGUUACACCAAAACACUAUAAUCAAAAUCUAUGCCCAAAUUUUACUUACAGCUUUCAGCUGAUUAAUGAGGACAUAAUAAUGAAAGCAUGUAAUGAUGACAAUGGUAAAUCUCAGCAAUGGUUACAACUUAAGGUAUUGCCGCAAAUCAUUAAAUGGAUGGAUCAAGAUUUAGUUACCAGAUGUAAUAAAUCAGUAAAUAUCAAAGAUUCUUUGGCUCUUGUUCCUAAUGAUAAAUAUUAUAUCACCUAUAACAGUUUAAAGCUAAAAUAUGGGAAGGCAAUGGUUGAGAUUUGGCCAGAAAGCACUGAUCCUACCAAGUUUGUGUUUGAGGAUGUUGCUAUCGCCACUUACUUACUCCUCCUUUGGGACAAUAACCAUGAUAAUGCAUCUAAAAAACCAGUAACUUUUGUUGACAUUGGCUGCGGUAAUGGCUUGCUUGUAUAUAUUUUAACAAAAGAAGGACAUAAAGGAUUGGGAGUAGAUGUACGAAAAAGAAAAAUUUGGGACAUGUAUGACAAUAUACAACUUGAAGAAAAAACUGUCACACCAGAAAAUAUAGAAGAUUUCAAAGCAUUUGACUGGAUAAUAGGAAAUCACUCUGAUGAACUCACACCAUGGAUUCCAGUUAUGGCAUCAAGAUGUUCCUAUGAUUGCAAUUUCUUUUUACUUCCAUGUUGUGCAUAUAAUUUUGAUGGUACAAAGUAUCAAAGACAGAAUUCAUCAAAAAGUCAAUAUAAUGAAUAUUUAGAUUAUAUCUACAAGCUAUGUGAGGAUUGUGGUUUCAAUACUGAAAUAGAUAGACUUAAAAUACCAAGUACAAAAAGGAUUUGUCUUAUUGGUAGGACUAGGAAAUAUGAUGAAGAUCAAUAUGAAGCAUAUAAACAGAUAAUUUCAGAGAUAAUUAAUAUGGGUAAAGCGUUUGAUAGCCCAAACAAUGGCAGUAAUUUUAAAGCUAGAAACCCUAUAGAGAAAGUAAAAAAUUGCACUCAAAUUGAAAAAUCAAUUAUUGAAACUGUUGUUACAAAUAUUACCAAAUUUCUCUUAGAUGGUUGCAAUUUUAAGGAUGAAUGGAACCCAGGUAGGGAAGUACUUAUUGGGGAAGUCGUUGAUCAAAUAUCGGCAGAUACUUUAAAAGCUUUGAAAACAGAAUGUGGAGGAUUACAAACAUUGUUAAAGAAUAACCACCACAUUUUUAAAGUGGUAAAAGGGAAAGUCCAAUUAAGACAUCCAAAAUCUGUUGAAGAUAUUAUGAAAACUAUUAAAAUGCAGAGAAACAAAAGUUCAUCUGUAAGAAUACAAAUAAAACCUUGUUGGUUUUUUAAAAAUCAUCCACAAGGUUGCCCCUUAAGUGACAGUAGUUGCAGUUUUCUACACACAAUCAGUUGACAAAUAUUUCUUUCAUAUUUCUAUAUUAAUUCAACUAAGAAGUAAAAAAGAACAUUUGUUCAAGAUAAUUUAUUCGCUAUGUAAUUACCUAAAGAGAACAAAAAUUGGUCUAAACAACAAUAUUAUCACCAUUUUGUUAAGAAAUAAAAAUGUCAAAUACA